UGUCUGUGGCGGCGUCCGCGCGUCCGGGAUUCCCAGAGAUGGCAGGUUCCUGCGGGGAGCAGGCUCCUGACUACAGGUCCAUUCUGAGCAUUAGUGACGAGGCCACCAGGGUGCGAGCCCUGAACGAGCACCUCAGCACGCGUAGCUAUGUCCAGGGGUACUCACUGUCCCAGGCGGAUGUGGAUGCGUUCAGGCAGCUCUCGGCCCCGCCCGCUGAUUUGCGGCUCUUCCACGUGACUCGGUGGUUCAGGCACAUAGAAGCGAUCCUGGGCAGCCCCUGUGACAAAGAUGAGCCCUGCAGGCUCCAAGCAAGUAAAGGCCGGCGAGUGCAGCCUCAGUGGUCCCCUCCCUCUGGGACAAAGCCGUGUAAGCUCCGCCUUUACAACAGCCUCACGCGGAACAAGGACGUGUUUAUACCUCAAGAUGGGAAAAAGGUGACGUGGUACUGCUGUGGGCCAACCGUCUAUGAUGCCUCCCACAUGGGGCAUGCCAGGUCCUACAUCUCUUUUGAUAUCUUGAGAAGAGUAUUGAAGGAUUACUUCAAAUUUGACGUCUUUUAUUGCAUGAACAUUACAGAUAUUGAUGAUAAGAUCAUCAAGAGGGCCCGGCAGAACUACUUGUUUGAGCAGUAUCUGGAGGGGAAGCCCCAGGCUGCACAGCUCCUGGAGGAUGUGCACGCUGCCCUGAAGCCAUUUUCAGCAAAGUUAGGUGAGACCAUGGAUCCUUAUAAGAAGCAGAUGCUUGAACGGAUUCAGCAUGCAGUGAAGCUUGCUGCAGAGCCGCUGGAGAAAGCCGUGCAGUCCAGACUCGCUGCAGAGGAAAUCAACAGCUGUGUGGAGGUAUUGCUGGAAGAGGCAAAGGAUUUGCUUUCUGACUGGCUGGAUUCCACACUUGGCAGUGAGGUGACAGACAAUUCUAUUUUCUCCAAGCUGCCCAGGUUCUGGGAAGGGGAAUUCCACAAAGACAUGGAAGCUCUGAAUGUUCUCCCUCCGGAUGUCUUAACGCGUGUUAGUGAGUACGUGCCAGAAAUCAUAAACUUUGUCCAGAAGAUUGUGGACAACGGUUACGGCUAUACUUCAAAUGGGUCUGUCUACUUUGAUACAGUGAAGUUUGCAUCUAGUGAGAAACACUCCUAUGGGAAGCUGGUGCCCGAAGCUAUUGGGGAUCAGAGAGCUCUUCAAGAAGGGGAAGGCGACCUGAGCAUCUCAGCAGACCGCCUCAGUGAGAAGCGCUCUCCCAACGACUUCGCCCUGUGGAAGGCCUCCAAGCCGGGAGAGCCGUCCUGGCCCUGCCCUUGGGGAAAGGGCCGACCAGGAUGGCACAUCGAGUGCUCCGCCAUGGCGGGCACCUUGCUGGGCGCCUCGAUGGACAUUCACGGGGGAGGGUUUGACCUCCGCUUCCCCCACCAUGACAACGAGCUGGCACAGUCAGAGGCCUACUUUGAAAAUGACUGCUGGGUCAGGUACUUCCUUCACACAGGUCACCUGACGAUUGCAGGCUGCAAGAUGUCAAAAUCACUAAAAAACUUCAUCACCAUUAAAGACGCCUUGAAAAAGCACUCAGCACGGCAGCUGAGGCUGGCCUUCCUCAUGCACUCUUGGAAGGACACGCUGGACUACUCAAGCAAUACCAUGGAGUCAGCGCUUCAGUAUGAGAAGUUCAUGAACGAGUUUUUCUUAAAUGUGAAAGACCUCCUUCGAGCGCCCGUCGAUAUCACUGGUCAGUUUGAGAAGUGGGAAGACGGAGAAGCUGAGCUCAACAAGAGCUUUUAUGACAAGAAGGCAGCGAUCCAUGAAGCCCUCUGUGAUAACGUCGACACCCGCACUGUCAUGGAGGAAAUGCGGGCCUUGGUCAGUCAGUGCAACCUCUACAUGGCAGCCCGCAAGGCCACAAGGAGGAGGCCCAACCAGGCCCUGCUGAAGAACGUGGCACUGUAUCUCACCCACAUGCUGAAGAUCUUUGGGGCCAUAGAAGAGGAAAGCUCCCUAGGUUUCCCAGUCGGAGGGCCUGGAACCAGCCUAAACCUCGAGUCCAUAGUCAUGCCCUACCUGCAGGUGUUGUCGGAAUUCAGGGAAGGAGUGCGGAAGAUCGCCCGAGAGAAGAAAGUCCCUGAGGUUCUGCAGCUCAGCGACGCCAUGCGGGAUGACAUCCUACCUGAGCUCGGCGUGCGGUUUGAAGACCGUGAAGGACUGCCAACAGUGGUCAAGUUGGUGGACAGAGAUACCUUAUUAAAAGAGAGAGAAGAAAAGAAAAGGGUUGAAGAGGAGAAGAGGAAGAAGAAGGAGGAGGCCGCCCGGAAGAAACAGGAACAAGAAGCAGCAAAGCUGGCCAAGAUGAAGAUUCCACCCAGUGAGAUGUUCUUGUCAGAAAGUGACAAAUAUUCCAAGUUUGAUGAAAACGGUCUUCCAACCCAUGACGCAGAGGGCAAAGAACUGAGCAAAGGACAAGCCAAGAAGCUGAAGAAGCUCUUCGAAGCUCAAGAAAAGCUCCACGAGGAAUAUGUGCAGAUGGUUCAAAACGGGAGUGCCCCGUGAUGAGCACAGACCUACCCUCCAGAACUGAGCCGUCGUGGUCUGCUGCCUUCUCCCUACCUGGUGACAGCGCCCGAUGCUCCCAUCUUGUUUACAGUUGUCCUCGGGUCCUAAAUUAAGAUGUGUUUGUAUAGGGUCAUGUCAUCGUCACUCUGAGACUUAAUAAUAAAUUCUUCUAAACAGCGAGA